AUGGAGACUACUCAACCUGAGACCACCAAUGGUGUGGAUACGACGAUAAAACAAGAACUGGAACAGCCCGUUGAGACUAAUGGCGUUGAAGUUAAACAGGAAACCUCGGAAACCUCAGUAUCUGAGCCGGCUCCCGCUGCUGCUCCCACUCCCGUGACUACUACCAAUAAAGGCAAACCCGUUACCGAAGAAGUCGGGGGGUCGCUGGUACGGCGCUAUUUGAACCAGCACCUCACCGUCCACCUUCUUGAAGGUCUCAAGCUUACAUCACAAACGAAACCUGAGGAUCCAUUGAAGUUUCUUGGUGAGUUUUUAAUCCAACGCUCCAAUGAACUCGCCAUGAAGGAAGACAACAACUGA